AUGAGACGGCAGUCGUCUAGUACGCUGGCCGUCGUUGUAUUGACGGUAGCCGCUUUCGGCUAUGCCACAGCAUUGGUUACAGUCAAUUCACCUCCCCGCAUUAUUAAACAGCCACCCACAGAUGAGUUGCUCUUCAAAGUCGCCCAGGCCACAAAGGAAAGUGACAAACCGUUUAUUAUCGAAUGUGAGGCUGAAGGAACACCGGAUCCAACAUACCGCUGGAUAAAGAAUGGCAAAAAAUUCGAUUGGCAAGCCUAUGAUAAUCGUAUGCUGCAACAGCCGGGUCGUGGUACCCUGGUUAUUACUUCACCCAAAGAUGAAGAUUUGGGUCAAUAUCAAUGUUUUGCCGAAAAUGAAUUUGGUAUUGCCACCUCGAAUUCUGUGUUUGUACGCAAAGCCGAAUUGAAUGCCUUCAAGGAGGAUGAAAAGAAAAUUGUCGAAGCCAAUGAGGGUGAGCCCUUCUCGUUGCAAUGUCAGGCUCCGGAUGGUUGGCCAAAACCCACAGUCAAUUGGUUAAUUCAAAAUACCUUUGAUGCUGGCAUUAAAACCAUCAACAGUUCACGUAUGACUCUCGAUCCCGAGGGUACUCUAUGGUUCUCGAAUGUUACCCGUGAAGAUGCCUCCACAGACACUUUCUACACCUGUUCCGCCACUUCGGUCUUCCGUAAUGAAUAUAAAAUUGGUAAUCGUGUUUUGCUGGAUGUUAAACAAACCGGUAUUAGUCCAUCGCAAAAUAAAUUCGCCCCCACCCAACAGUAUGUGACAAGGAAAAAUGAAGUGGCCCUAAGGGGUAAAUAUGUGGAACUGUUUUGUAUUUUCGGUGGUACUCCAUUGCCCGAGACGGUGUGGCGUAAAAAUGGCGAGCCCAUUCAAUGGGGUGAUCGGAUAUCCCAGGGUAAUUAUGGCAAAUCGCUGAUUAUACGCUAUGCCACCUUUGAGGAUGCCGGCACCUAUACCUGCGACGUUUUCAAUGGUGUCGGUAAGGGUCAAUCGUAUUCGAUUAAAUUGGAAAUUCAAGCUGUGCCCUAUUUCACCGUUGAACCCGAAAUACAAAAUGCUGCCGAAGAUGAGACAGUGGAAUUCCGUUGUGAGGCUUCAGGUGUCCCAGAACCUACCAUUCAAUGGAUCCACAACGGCAAACCCAUUAGCCAAGCACCUCCAAACCCCAGACGAACCGUUGAAACGAAUCGCAUUGUUAUCCACGAUUUGGUGAAAACUGACACGGGUAAUUAUGGUUGUAACGCCACCAAUUCUUUGGGUUACGUUUACAAGGAUGUUUACUUGAACGUGUUGGCUUUGCCGCCAGAGAUUGAGGAACCACCACGCAAGGAGGCCACCGUCACGGGCAAGAAUAUAACAAUGCGUUGUCGUGUGUUUGGUGCACCCAAGCCUCAAGUGAAAUGGCUCCACAAUGGUCGUGAGUUGACUGGAGGACGUUUCACUGUCUUACCCUCGGGAGAUUUACACAUUCAACAGGUGAUCCAUGAUGAUUUCGGCCAAUACACCUGCCAUGCCAAGAAUAAGUUUGGUGAAAAGUCUGCCAACGGUUCGCUGGAAGUAAAGGAAGCCACCCGCAUUACCCAGGCCCCACAAAAUUACGAAGUUGCUGCCGGCCAAUCAGCCACAUUCCGUUGUAAUGAGGCCCAUGACGAUACCCUAAAUUUGACCAUUGAAUGGUGGAAGGAUUCCCAACAAAUUGAUUUCGAUGCCGAGGCCCGCUUCGUGAAGACCAACGAUAACUCCCUGACCAUUGCCAAGACGAUUGAAUUAGAUUCCGGAGAAUAUACCUGUGUGGCCAGAACUGAAUUGGAUGAGGCCUCAGGAAGUGCCAAUCUUAUUGUACAAGAUGUACCCAAUGCCCCGGCCUUGAAGAGUGUAAAAUGUAAACCCCGUCUGGCUGAAAUCACCUGGGAACCACGUGGUGAUAAUCGUUCACCCAUCCUGCAUUAUACCAUCCAAUAUAAUACGACAUUUGCCCCAGCCACUUGGGAUGCUGCGUACGAAAAGGUACCCUCUACAGAUACCUCGUUCGUUGUGGAUAUGUCUCCAUGGGCCAAUUAUACCUUCCGAGUGAUUGCAUUUAAUAAAAUUGGACCCUCACCACCAUCGGAUCAUAGUGAAGUUUGUACCACACAACCUGAUGUACCCUAUAAGAAUCCCGAUAAUGUCCAAGGUCAGGGUACUGAGCCCACAAAUUUGGUAAUCACCUGGACUGCAAUGCCCCAGAUCGAUCACAAUGGACCCAAUUUCCAAUAUCGUGUAUCCUGGAAACGUGAUAUACCUGCUGCCAGUUGGGAAAACAAGGACAUCUAUGAUUGGAAACAGGAUAGUUUGGUAAUUGGUGAUCAGCCGACAUUUGUGCGUUAUCUUAUCAAAGUGGUGGCCAUUAAUCAAAUGGGUCAGGCCAAUGUUGCUGCCGAAGAAGUGGUUGGUUGGUCCGGAGAAGAUCGUCCUUUGGAGGCCCCCACAAAUUUCAGCAUGACCCAAGUGGUGGGAGCCACCUCGGCCAUUUUGAACUGGAACCCUGUUAGCCCUGAAUCCAUACGCGGUCACUUUAAGGGUUACAAGAUCCAAACCUGGACCGAAAAGGAGGGUGAGGAAGGUAUGCGUGAAAUUCAUGUCAAGGGUGAUUCCAAUCAGGCCUUGGUAACACAAUUCAAACCCGAUUCAAAGAACUUUGCCCGUGUCUUGGCCUAUAAUGGACAAUUUAAUGGCCCACCCAGUGCUGUUAUAGAUUUCGAUACACCUGAAGGUGUACCAUCCCCCGUUGAGUCGUUGUCUGCCUAUCCAAUGGGUUCAUCUGCCUUCUGGUUGGUAUGGAAGAAACCCUUGAACCCCAAUGGUAAAUUGACUGGUUAUAAAAUCUACUAUGAAGAAGUUAAAGGUAGUUAUGUGGGCGAACGACGUGAAUAUGAUCCCCAUAUUACCGAUCCUCGGGUGACAAGUAUGAAAAUGGCUGGCCUGAAACCAAAUACUAAAUAUAGGAUUUCCAUUGCGGCCACCACUAAGGCUGGAGAGGGAACAGAACACUUUAUUGAAAAACGCACAUUGACCGAAGAGUCCAAGGAACCUGCCGUACCCUAUUUCGAAUAUCACCAAGAACCCUCGGACAAUGGUUUGGCCAAGUUCCGCAUCAACUGGAAACCCAAUAGUGAGGGCCAUGCCGGUACCCACUUCUUUACCAAAUACAGGAUCAAGGGCGAGACCCAAUGGAAUCAAACUCCCGAGGAAAAGAAUCGCGACUACCAAGAGGUUGCCGGUUUGGAUCCUGAAUCUGUCUAUGAAUUCCGUGUGGUCGCCGUUGAUGGUCAUUUCAUGACCGAAAGUGAAACUCAAGAAAUCGACAUUGGUGCUGUUGAGGGCCCCAUCAAGGUGCCCAAUGAAAAUCUAGCAAAUGCCGGCUGGUUCAUCGGCAUGAUGUUGGCCCUGGCCAUUAUCAUUAUCUUGUUCAUUAUUAUUUGUAUUAUACGCCGUAAUCGUGGUGGCAAAUACGAUGUACAUGAUCGCGAAUUGGCAAAUGGCAGACGCGACUAUCCCGAUGAAGGUGGUUUCCAUGAAUACUCACAACCAUUGGACAACAAGAGCGCUGGUCGCCAGUCUGUUAGUUCAGCAAAACCAGGCCUAGAAAGUGAUACCGAUUCAAUGGCCGAAUAUGGAGAUGGUGAUACAGGACAAUUUACUGAAGAUGGUUCAUUUAUUGGACAAUAUGUACCGGGUAAACUACAACCACCUGUAAGUCCACAACCGGCUAAUAAUACAGCAGCUGCCCAUACACCAACAGCGCCCAAUGCGGCCGCAGCAGCAACAACGGCUGCUGGUGGUACAGGAACUGCUGCCAAUGCAACAGCUGCUGCGGGUACAAAUACGGGUGCUGUGGCAACUUAUGUUUAA